AUGUGCAAAAAUAAAGAUUUCUUUUUUAAUAAGCCAUGUACCUUGACUCGCUCAACUCAGACCCCACUUAGUUCACGCUCGGAAAGUUUCAUCAGCACCAGUGAACGCACCAUCAUAGAGAACAGCAUGGUGAUCCUUCUGCAGGGUCUUCGGGGCGAAGUGACCACGGUGGACCUGAGGAACGAGAGCACGGCGCGGGGACGGGUGGUCAACGUGGACGCCUUCAUGAACGUACGCCUGGAGGACGUGCUUUACCGUGACAGGCGGGGAAGCAUCGUUCGGUUGGAGGACCUCUUUGUUACGGGCAGGAACAUCCGCUAUGUCCACAUUCCGGACCAUGUAGAUAUCAUGAAGACAAUCGAGGGAGAACUGAAGAAGAUUCAUCGGGUUAGGAAUUUUGGGAAAGAAGGGGGUGGCAGGAAAGAGUUCAUUAAGAAAGCAAAUUGA